AUGUAUGGCUCUCCCAGAGAUGCAUACUUACGCCUUUUGCCGGACUCUGCCGCCAACGCAGCCGCGCCAGCCUUACAGGCAGUCGCUGUUUCGUGGGAUGGAGCUACUGUAUCCAAGCACGUCGCAUCCCACACCAACGACUGCCCAUUCUUCCACGGAAUGAAUGUCAUGCCGUCAGGCCUCUUACCGUCAUCUCUUGAAAUGCCAGUAGGCUCUAGGACUGCUGGCACGCCGGCACUGACUGAGAUCGAAUCGCUCUCUGAAUCCCCUGAGGAGCAGUACGCAGCUCGAGAGAAGUUUGAGGCUCAGUACUACCAACUGACCGCGGCCGCCCGCACCUUGCUCGACACAGCCGGCGCUGGAGUGCGUCGAGGCGGGUCAGGUUCCGUGUCGAGCUUCGGCGACGCCAAAACAGGUGGGACUUGCAACCAUAACACGAGGUUUCAAUUGCCGAAAAUUAAUAUUCCUAAAUUUGAUGGUGCUUAUCAGAAUUGGCUCGAAUUUAGAGAUACGUUUAGUUCUUUAAUACAUACUAAUAAAGAUUUGGAUGAUAUUAGUAAAUUUCAUUAUUUGCGAGCUUCUUUAGUAGGAAGCGCCGCUAUAAUUAUACGAAAUAUUGACUUCACAAGUGAGAAUUAUAUAACCGCUUGGGAGUUAUUGUGUGCGCGCUAUGAUAAUUCUAGGCUAUUGGUGAAUAACCAUGUACAAGCAUUAUUUAAUAUAGGGUCAAUAACGAAAGAGUCGAGCAAGUCACUGCGUUAUUUGAUUGAUGUUACUAAUAAAAAUAUUAGGGCUCUCACUAUUUUGAAGCAACCUACCCAGCACUGGGAUACUCUUAUAGUUCACAUGAUGGUUACGAAACUAGAUUCCACCACUCUUAGGAAAUGGGAGGAAUACAGGAAUACCUUGUCUGAACCGCCUACACUCGAAAUAUUUUGUACAUUUGUACGAAACAGGGCAGACCUGCUAGAAUCCUUGGAGGAAAAUAAUAAAAUGCACAAAGGUCAAUGCCCUGACACGUCGAAAAACAAAUCUUUCUUAAAUGUAUCCAGUGGUUCAGAUAAAGUUAAUACACGCAAAGAGAACUUAUGUCCUAUGUGUAAAUCUGGUCAUUUAUUAUAUCAUUGUGAUAAGUUUAGGGAGUUGUCCAUAGAAAACCGUAUUUCAAAGGCAAGAGAUUUGAAGGUUUGUUUAAAUUGUUUACGCCCAGGCCAUUCUCAUGUAAAAUGCAGACUUUCACACUGCCGUUAUUGUAGGUACAAACAUAGUACAUUAUUACAUUUACACAAGCAUGAUGAAACUUCAACUUCAUCUAUGCCUAUGCAAGAGACUGUCGCGUUGACGACGGACAUUGCUCAGUCAGGUUCUGACAAAUUGACAGACUCUAUCGUUCUGUCGGCUAACACUACAUAUAAUACUUCUCCGCAUGUACUUUUAUCAACAGCACUCGUGCGGGUGCGAAAUAACAAGGGCGACGCACACACUGUUCGCCUCCUCUUAGAUAACGGGAGUACAGCAAAUUUUGUCACCAGCGAGUUAUGCGGUAAGCUGGGAUUGUCGAGGCGAGGUGUACGCUCCACGGUAUCAGGUAUCUGUAAUCAAACGUGUAAAACUACAUACUCGUGUCAGCUUACUAUUGAGUCCUUACAUAGUGAUUAUAAAACCGAUAUAAAUUGUCUUAUUUUGCCCGAAAUUACAAAAGCACUGCCGUCCAAACUUGUAAACAUAGAUAGCAUUCUCAUACCUUCAGGUGUACAGUUGGCUGACCCUUCAUUUAAUAUUCCCGCCGCUGUAGACAUACUGGUAGGUGCAGAGGUAUUCUGGAACGUCAUGUGCAACAAUUCUAUUGAUUUGGGUAAAAAUAUGCCAAAGUUAUACGAAACAAAAUUAGGUUGGUUAGUUUCAGGUUAUGUAGCACGUGCCAAAACUAAAUCAUACCAGUGUAAUUUCAUAAAUCAAGAUGAUAGUAUAACUCAAUUUUGGGAAUUAGAUUCGAUUUCGCCUAAAUAUGCAUUUACGACUGAAGAACGUGCCUGUGAAAAUAAAUUUAAGUUAGAUACUUACCGUAAUGAAGAAGGCCGUUUCGUUGUGACUAUGCCCUUAAAAAAGGAUCCUCACGAAUUAGGAGAUUCUUACGUGAUGGCUAAGAUCCGUUUCCUUUCUCUCGAAAGAAAGUUCAGUAGAGAUCCUGGUUUUAAAAAUAAAUACUUGGAGUUCUUGCGUGAAUACGAAGAACUCGGUCAUAUGACUGAAAAUACAUUGUCUUUACGUGAUAGUAGUAUUGUAAAUUAUUACCUACCGCAUCACGGUGUAAUUAGGGAAUCAAGUACCACUACUAAACUACGUACGGUAUUUGACGCUUCUGCAGUUACUACAACAGGGCUGUCUCUCAAUGACAUCCAAAUGAUAGGGCCUACUGUCCAAGACGACCUUGUGUCUAUACUUAUAAGGUUUCGUCAACAUAAAUAUGUGAUUUCGGGUGAUAUUGAGAAAAUGUAUAGGGCUAUAGAUGUUAACCCUUCUCAGCGCUCGUUACAACAAAUAAUAUUUAGAUCAGACCCGUCCCAACCUCUUAAGACAUAUACUUUAAAUACUGUUACAUACGGAGUUGCAUCCUCCCCGUAUUUAGCGACCAAGUGCCUUUCUUCUCUAUCUGAAACUGUUGAUGAUGUACUUGUAAAAAACUCUAUAAAAAGGGAUUUUUACGUUGACGAUUAUCUCAGUGGAGGGUUUACUGAAGAGGACGUCGUAAAACAGACGAAGGCAGUAAUUAAUGUAUUAUCGUCAGCAAAAUUUAAUUUAAGAAAAUUUAAAUCAAAUAGUCAAGUAAUAUUAAACCAAUUGUUGUCAGAGGAAACAAGUUCAAAUAAUUUUUUAGAUAUAUCUGAAUAUUCUAAUACUCCAUCAAAAACCUUAGGUUUAAUUUGGAGCCCUAAGUGUGAUACGUUGUCGUUUUCAAUAAAUAUUGAAGAUAAAUAUAAAAUCACUAAAAGAAAUAUUCUUUCAGUAAUAAGUCAAAUUUUUGAUCCCCUAGGGCUCGUGGGCCUAGCAGUGGUAGAAGCAAAAAUAAUAUUGCAACAAAUAUGGUCAUUAAAGUUAGGUUGGGAUGAUGAAGUACCAGAAAAUAUAAAAGGACAAUGGACUUCAUUCUCAAGACAGUUAACUUUUUUAAAUAAUAUUAAAAUUCCUAGAUGGGUACUGCAAGAUGAUUUCUGUAAGGUAGAAUUACACAUUUUUUCUGACGCCUCUGAGCGUGCUUACGGGUCGUGUAUUUACGCUCGUUCUAUAACUAAAGAUGGUGUUGUAUAUGUUAACUUGAUUGCAUCCAAAAAUAAAGUAGCACCAAUGAAACCAACAACGAUGCCACGCCUUGAGCUUUGUGCAGCUCUCUUAGCAACAAGGUUAUGCGCUAAAGUUAGGAAUUCUAUAACGUUAGAGGUUAGUUGCAGAUACUGGUGUGAUUCCACCAUCGUAUUAGGGUGGCUAAAAACCCCUGUACAUCGUUUAAAACCUUUUGUUCGCAAUCGCGUGAACGAAAUUAAUGAAAAUAGUGUGAACUGCACCUGGAGCUACGUGCCUUCCCUAGAUAAUCCCGCGGAUCUCGUUUCUCGCGGGGUGAAGGCUGAUCUUGUCAGCAAUUUGUCACUGUGGUGGUUUGGCCCCCAGUUUUUAACCUGUAAUGAGGAGUUAUGGCCAAAAAUACCUAACUCAAGUGAGACACGAGAUCUACCAGACGUAGUCUGUCAUCUAAGUCAGGAGUCCAAUUCUGAUAUAGAGAAUACGAAUAUUGUGUCUUCACUUAUACACAAACAUUCAAAUCUCACUCGUCUUAUUCAUACUCUCGCUUACAUACAGCGGUUUAUAAAAAAUUGUAAAAAUAAAAAUAACAAAUGCAAAGAGUGUUUAACUUCAGAUGAAAUACGUGAAUCUUUAUUUAUUAUUCUUAGGCAGGGUCAGGUUGAAAUGUUUCCUGAAGAAUAUAAAAUCUUAAAAAAUAACGGCAAGUUACCAUCUAAAAAUAGACUAUUGUCUUUGACCCCGUUUAUUCAUUCAGACAAUUUAAUUAGAGUAGGAGGAAGGCUUGACAAAUCUCCUUACUCAUAUGACCAAAAGCAUCCGAUUCUUGUAUGCUGUAAACAUUAUUUAACUAAAUUAAUUUUUCGUAGACAACAUUUAAAGCUCUUACAUGCAGGUCCGCAACUUUUACUUUCGGACAUAAGGCAGUCAUACUGGGCUCUAGGUGGUAGGAAUCUGGCUAGGUUUAUCGUUAAAAAAUGCGUCACAUGUUUUAGGCACAAAAGUCAAACUUUACAGCCCAUCAUGGGCCAAUUACCUGUCUCUAGAACCAAAUUAGAAUUUCCUUUUCUUCACUGUGCAGUUGACUAUGCCGGGCCAAUUUUGAUAGCCGAUCGAAAAGGUCGUGGUUGCAAGUUAAUUAAAUCAUACCUGUGUAUUUUUGUAUGCUUAGCAGUGAAGGCAGUUCACUUGGAGCUCGUCACGGACCUGACUAAAGAUUCUUAUUUAGCUGCUUUGCGCCGUUUUAUUAGUCGUCGCGGCAAACCCAAAACGAUAACCUCAGAUAAUGGGACCAAUUUCGUAGGCGCAUGCAAUGAACUAGAAAGUUUUCUUUCUCAACGUAACCUUACUGAGGAUUUAGCCGAUGAAGGUAUUACUUUCUUUUUUACACCUGCAUAUUCCCCUCAUUUCAAUGGGAUGGCUGAAGCUGCUGUCCGAUCGACGAAGCAUCAUUUACGUCGAAUACUGAAUUUAACUCAUUUAACCUAUGAAGAAAUGUCAACUUGUCUCACUCAAGUCGAAGCGAUAUUAAACUCGCGGCCUUUAAUCCCUCUUUCCUCAGAAACUAAUGACUUUUCUGUCCUGACUCCUUCACAUUUUUUGAUUGGACGAACUCUGACUUCCGUGCCAUAUCCACAAAUCGCCGACAACGUGAAUAUCACAUUGCUGCAGCGUCAUAAGCGAGUCGAAGCUAUAAAACAACAUUUUUGGAAUAGAUUUACCAAUGAAUAUAUCUGCACUCUUCAACAGAAGACAAAAUGGAAACAAACUAAGAAUGAUAUCGAGAUGAACUCGCUUGUUUUGAUCAAAGACAAGUCAACGCCGCCUCUGCUCUGGUCUCUCGGUCGUGUCAUUCAAGUCUAUCCUGGAGCGGAUGGUAUUAACCGUGUCGCCGAAGUAAAAACCAUGAAAGGGACUAUAAGAAGAGGCUGGAAUAACCUAUGUGCUCUUCCUCUAGAUGAUGACCUGAUGUAACUUUGAAGCUUCAUAUGCUUAUCAGGUCCUUGAGACCUUCAUUCAGAUGAUCUUCAACCCGG